AUACGCCAGAUCCUGUCCGUCGAAUCGCCGUUUGAACUCCCCACAACGUUGUCAACGGCACGAGCUAUUCUUCGGCCCGACACAUUCAUCAUCACUCGACAAGAUGGUCAAGUUCCUCAAGAACGGAAAGGUCGUGCUGAUCCUCCAGGGUCGCCAAGCCGGCAAGAAGGCCGUGAUCGUCAAGAACUUUGACGAGGGCACAAAGGAGAGGCCUUACCCCCACGCCAUCGUUGCCGGUGUCGAGCGCUACCCAUUGAAGAUCACGAAGGGGAUGGGCCAGAAGCGUGUCGCCAAGAGGUCCCGUGUCAAGGCUUUCAUCAAGGCGGUUAACUACAACCACCUGAUGCCUACUAGGUACAACCUCGACAUUGACCUCAAGCAAGUUGUUUCGGCCGAGAGCUUCAAGGAGCCCACGCAGCGCGUCGAGUCCCGCAAGGCGAUCAAGAAGCUUUUCGAGGAGCGCUACAACAGCGGAAAGAACAGGUGGUUCUUCACCAAGCUUCGCUUCUAAGCUGGCGCCGUUUUGACAAGUCUUUGUUCCGCCGUGCCACGUGUAAAAUAAUAAAACCUUACCACCACCGCUUGUUCUGGCCUCUGAGAUGUGCGAUGAAUGUGGUGGAUCUUUACGGUUCGGGAAAGAGGUGGUGACUUGGAGACUCCUUGGAAGGUGGUUGGUUUGAGGUCGUGGGGACAGCAGCUUCCAGGGGUCGUGGCAUGGACGGGGAGAUGGGCCUUGCCGAGUCAGAAAUAGACCUCGGAUUACAAAGCCACUGCCCGAAGCCCCGAGUCCAGCUCCAGACAACUUUCUCAAAGCUGCUACUCGCACCUGCUCGAGGCAGCACUUCUCCCCUUAUCUCUCUUCUGUCGUUACUCGGCAUAUUUCUGCUAGUCGCUCUUUCUCGACGCGGAGUUGCUCUGCAGGUCCAUCAUCUUCCUCACUCUACAGAUUCCGCGCUCCCCAGCUAAUGUCAUUUCUUGCACUCGGUAUGAAGUGAAG